AUGGCGACUUCAGAAUAUUCUCCACUCUUUCUUCUCCUACUCCUGUCUCUGUCUCUGUUUCUCUUCCUCCUCCGCCGAAAAACCGCCGCCAGAAACCGCCGUCUUCCGCCGGGACCGCCGGGAUGGCCCAUCUUCGGAAACAUGUUCCAGCUCGGAGACAUGCCUCACCGUGCCCUCACCGACCUAAGGGCCAAGCACGGCCCCGUCGUGUGGCUCAAAAUCGGCGCCAUGAACACCAUGGCUAUUCUCUCUGCCGACGCCGCCACCGUGUUCUUCAAGCACCACGACCACGCCUUCUCAGACCGCACCAUAACCGAAACCAUGCGAGUCCACAACUACGACAAAUCCUCCUUGGCUUUAGCUCCUUACGGCCCCUACUGGCGUCUCAUGCGGCGCCUCGUCACCGUCGACAUGCUAGUGGCGAAACGCAUAAACGACACCGCUUCGGUGCGGCGAAAGUGCGUAAACGACAUGAUAACAUGGGUAAGCAAAGAGUCUAGGAAGGUGGAAGAGGGUUGUGGAGUCCACGUGGGGCGGUUCGUGUUCCUCAUGACGUUUAACCUGUUCGGGAACCUGAUGCUGUCGCGGGACCUGUUCGACCCGGAAUCGGAAGUCGGGUCGGAGUUUUUCUCGGCGAUGAUGGGUUUGCUGGAGUGGACGGGGCACGCUAACGUGACGGAUCUUUUCCCGUGGCUGAGAUGGCUGGACCCGCAAGGUUUGAGGAGGAAGAUGGAUAGAGAUAUGGGUAAAGCCCUGAAAAUCGCGUCGAGGUUCGUGAAACAGCGUUUGGAAGAGCAGCAGUGUGAUAAAAAGUCAAGGGACUUCUUGGAUGUGUUGAUUGAGUUUCAAAGCAGCAACAGCGAAGAAGCCCUCCAAAUAUCAGACAAAGACCUCAACAUUUUCAUAUUGGAAAUGUUCAUGGCUGGGUCAGAAACAACGAGCAGCACCAUUGAAUGGGCCAUGACGGAGCUUCUGUGCAACAGGGAGUGUCUGGAGAAGGUGAAAAGCGAGCUUGAAUCGGUGGUUGGGCGCGGAAGAGAAGUUGAAGAGAGUGACAUAGACAAGCUUCCAUACCUGCAAGCCGUGGUUAAGGAAACCCUUCGCUUACACCCUCCCAUUCCGCUGCUUGUCCCUCGGAAGGCGACGCAGGACACAGAGUUCAUGGGAUACCACAUUCCGAAAGACACCCAGGUUUUCGUGAACGCGUGGGCCAUCGGAAGAGACCCCGGCGCGUGGGAGCAACCGCUGGGCUUCAAGCCCGAACGGUUCACCGAUUGCAAGAAGAUUGAUUACAAAGGACAUCACUUGGAGUUCAUUCCGUUCGGAGCUGGACGAAGAAUGUGUGCGGGUGUGCCCUUGGCGCAUAGAGUGCUUCACCUGGUGUUGGGGUCAUUGCUUCACCGAUUCCACUGGGAACUUGACUGCCACGUCACUCCCUCCACCAUCGACAUGAGGGACAAGCUCGGCAUCACCAUGCGAAAGCUUCAACCCUUGCUUGCUGUGCCUACAUUAAUCCCCUCUUCUCAAUACCCAUCUCUUUCUUAA